CCUCCUCUCCCCUCCCCGGCCGCGGUUGAUGCGCGCGCGUGGCGGUUCCGUCUUCUCAGAACGGCCGCGGCGGCGACGGCGCUGAGGGGCCCGGCAGCCGGCGCCCGGGGCUGCGGAGUGUGGCGGGGUGGAGCCCGCCUUCUUCCUGCUCUCGCCCUCUUCCCUGUCCCCCUCCUUCCUCCGCCCGCCUGGCCCUCCCCGCACGCAGUCGCCGCGGUUCCCGGCACGGACAACAUGGCGGCGGUGGCGGGGGCCGCGGCCGCGGGCAGCUCUGGUGGCGCCGGAGGCCCGGAGAUGGUGCGAGGCCAGGUGUUCGACGUGGGGCCGCGCUACACCAACCUGUCCUACAUCGGCGAGGGCGCAUACGGCAUGGUGUGUUCUGCCUACGACAACGUCAACAAAGUUCGAGUGGCUAUAAAGAAAAUCAGUCCUUUUGAGCAUCAGACGUACUGCCAGAGAACUCUGAGAGAGAUAAAGAUCUUACUGCGCUUCAGGCAUGAGAAUAUUAUCGGAAUAAAUGAUAUUAUCAGAGCUCCAACUAUUGAACAAAUGAAAGACGUAUACAUUGUGCAAGACCUUAUGGAAACAGAUCUUUACAAGCUCUUAAAGACUCAACACCUCAGCAACGACCACAUUUGUUAUUUCCUUUACCAGAUUCUGAGAGGGUUAAAAUAUAUCCAUUCAGCCAAUGUGCUUCAUCGUGACCUCAAACCUUCGAAUUUGCUGCUUAAUACCACUUGUGAUCUCAAGAUUUGUGACUUCGGACUGGCUCGUGUUGCAGAUCCUGACCAUGAUCACACAGGAUUCCUGACAGAAUAUGUGGCCACGCGUUGGUACAGGGCUCCUGAAAUCAUGCUGAAUUCUAAGGGUUACACCAAGUCUAUUGACAUCUGGUCAGUAGGCUGUAUUCUGGCAGAGAUGCUCUCCAACAGACCCAUCUUUCCAGGAAAACACUACCUUGACCAACUUAACCAUAUCCUUGGUAUACUUGGAUCCCCUUCCCAAGAAGAUUUGAAUUGUAUAAUAAAUUUAAAAGCCAGAAACUAUUUGCUUUCCCUACCACACAAAAAUAAGGUGCCGUGGAACAGGCUGUUUCCGAAUGCUGACCCCAAAGCACUUGAUUUGUUGGAUAAAAUGUUGACCUUUAAUCCUCAUAAGCGAAUUGAAGUGGAACAAGCUUUAGCCCAUCCGUAUCUGGAACAGUAUUACGAUCCAAGUGAUGAGCCUGUAGCUGAAGCACCGUUCAAGUUUGAUAUGGAAUUGGAUGACUUGCCGAAGGAAAAGCUGAAAGAACUGAUUUUUGAGGAAACUGCUAGAUUCCAGCCAGGAUAUCGAUCUUAAAUUGUGCAUAGGACAAGGACUUAAAGGACUGGGCAUGCUCAAACGUUGCUGUUCCUCUUCCCAGUUCUUUACUGUUGGUCAUGUCUUGUGGCCUCUCUCAGCUUAUCCACUAACUCCUUUGAGCCAUUCAGGAGGGCAGUUCCUGGUAGUUUUGGCUUUUCAUGCUUUCAAUGAAUCUUUUAAGCCUGAAGAAUUGUAAUUGACACUCCUAUGCGUAAUGCCCGUUGUUGACCUGUUGCAGUACUGUACUGUAAGUGCACCUACUGCUGGCCAUGUUUUAACUGCUUGCUUUCUGGUUUGAGAGAUGCAGUGGUUCCUUUCACUCCUGGAUUAAUAUCCAAGAAGAUAAUUCAUUACUGAUGUGAAGUUUACACCAUGAACUGUGUUCUUCUGACUUUGCUGAAGUCGCUGGCAUUUUUUUUAGAAAAGCUACUAUUCAGGGCACUUUAAGUCAGUGACAUCCCAGAUUUUUUUUGCACUUCCUUUUUAAAUAGAAAUGGUUAGCAUCCGGUGAGUGGGGUUUUACCAUGAUGCUCUGGAUUACAGCAUAAGUCGUGUUCGUGUUAAUCUUGCUUAUGCACUUGUUUGGGUGUCCUGUGCUGUACAUGCAGGUAUUCUGUACGGUGUGGUAGCCACAUAGGAACCCAUCUUAAUUGAGUUCAUCUAAGAAACAUUUUACCAUGCAUUGACAAAAUUUGUACCUUUUUUUCCCCGCCUUUUUCAAAACAGAUCAUUUUAAGUUUAACCGUGCUGGGAGGGGUAGUACUUCCAAAGUUCAUACCUUGUGGUCGUGUUUAUAAGGCUUGUGCAAAGAGAAUGAGUGGCAGCUUGCCAUCCUAUUUAUUCCCUGUGUGAUGGGAGAUUAACAAAGAACAAAAUGGCACGAUGACCUAAUGGGGAAUGCUUUUCUUUGUGGAAGGCAUCCGAAUGUGGUAAGUGAGAAUCCAAAAUAUGAUGUUAGUAAUGAUGAUGAUGAAGUCUGCAUACUUCAUACCAAUGAAAUGCUUCAAAUGAGGAUUGGUAGUUUUACACUGCAUCCAAUCACUGACAUUCAGAAUUCUCGCAGAGAGGAACACUGCAUCUUUAAAUGAGAAAGUUUGAAUUUCCUUUUGCUCCUACAGCAUGUCAGCAUCUCAAGUUCAUUUCUUGCAACCUACACUAUGGUGAUUUGUAAUCAAGCCUCCAUGAGCUCGUGACAUAAAGUACUGUUCUGUUGUCAAGUACUAUCAAACUUUUCUGAUAAUGCUGAGUUAGGACAACCAAACAAAGCUAGCACUAAAUAAUGUUUAAAAUUGUAUACCUUUUAAUGAUCUUUUCAAGUAUUUGUUACUGAAAUUGUAUAAUGUGAGUUUACUAGGUGUUAUGUUCCAGUGCAGUGCCUCCUUUUCUUUCCCCACUGCUCUCUGUGGUGAGAAAUUUGCCUUGUUUAAAAUGAUUACUGUGCCCUCGCAUGACUGUUAAAGCUUUCUGUGCAAAGAUGAUUGUUUAAGUGCCACAUGCCUAUGACUGAGAGAAAAAUCUAUUGUUACCUCUGAGUUGUGUUCAACUGAAAUGCUAUUCAACAAAUAACUUAGGAAAAAUAGUUCUAUUUUUAGCUUUUCAUAUCUCUGCUGUCUUCUCAAUUUAUUUUGGCAGCAGUGAAGAAUGGAUUGUAUAGACUGCUUGCUAAUAUGAACAAAAUGCACUUGUAAUUCCUGGAAAUAAAUUUAAAUCUUAUAUCUUCACAUUAACAUAAAGAAUUAGUUUUUGGUUUCCUCUUGGGUAAUGUGUUUGAAUGGAAAUCAGAUUCACUUGCUGCUGCAGUAUUACAAGGAUGCUUGCUGGUUAAUGAAUCCAGGCUUCCUCAUUCCACGUAGUCUGCUUUUCCAAAAAACAAAGCCAUUAACUUAGAUUUCGAUCGGCGAGGGUGCUUACAAGGUUCCAUUUCAGAUUUUUUCUUCAAGUUUGAGUCUUAGUCUACCAAAACUAACUCUGAAAAGCAGUGGUUCAUUGUAAGGGGCAUUUUCAGUUGGGAAGUCCCUGUGGUCCCUACAUCUCUGCUGCGUGGAACAGAAGGAGCAGCCGGGACGCUGCGCGAGUGGCCGUGGGAUGGCGGCACGGAGCUGUGCUGAAAGAAGUUUCUGUAGAAAUUAUGCGCUUGACUGUUGAUCCUUGUGUAGAAAUUUUUUCUGGUGUUUCUACACAUCUUUACCAAAACGCUUUCUUCGUGCAGUUCAGAGAAGCUGAAAUAUUUCUAGAAUCUCUGCUCCUUGUACCAUCGUCAUCAUUACAGGAAUCACGGUUGGAAAGAUGACUGUUACUGAAAAAAUUUGUAAAACUAGUUUGUAACACCUCAACCUGAAUUUGCUAAGGAAGAAUUUUGGCAGCUUAUUUCAUCCUUUUCCCAAUUCUUUUUUUAAUACUUUAAUUUUGGGUUUCUGGAGAGGUGUAAACUUACCCUUGCAAUCUGUCUUUCAGAAUGAUGAGCCAAGGGUUUGCUUUACCUAACGUGUGGUGCUUUCAGGCCUUCCUCCUUAGCUGUCCUUACUGACCCAAAUUGGAGUCCAUUGGUACCCAUAACUGCAUCCAUCCAUCUCCUGCUGAACGCAGUAGGCGUUGUUGAGCUGAAUGCUAUAUUGUCAAGUGCAGAAGCAUGACUUUUUCUUUUGUCAGAUAUUGAAAAUGUUUAAAAGAAGGUGCCUAUAACACUGCUAGGUCGGCUAUUGCUCCGUUUUGCUUUUUUUUUUUCCCCUCUUUUACUUAGUUUUUGAAUAUGUAGAGCAGAGACCUGAAGCCUGUAUUUGAAGUAAUAUAUAUUUCAUGGUAAAGAUGUUUUGGGAAUAAGGAAUAUGAACAGUUGACUGUCUAAACAUUGCAGCUGUACUGCGGAAGAAGAGUGGGCAAACUUAAACUUUUCCUGGAUGCUUUGGCAAAGAAAGCAUCUUAUUCUGCUGUCCUGACUUCCCAGAAUCGUCCUCAUCCCUGUCACACGCCCCAGGUCCGAGGUGUGCGGCGCCCUGCCGGGCUGAGCGGCCUGCUGCCCUGCGAGGCUUCGGCAGUCGCAGGUGGCGGCGUGACUCAGCGGUGGCCACAGGCAGCCCAAGGAGCUGAGCACGGCUUGCCUUACAGAACGGGGAAAAAAGCCUGUUGCCCGUUGUAAUCCGCUGUGAUAUAUUUAUACCAUGUCAAAGUUGUUUGCUGAGCAACUGUACUAUAGAUUUAAACUGUAUUAAUAUAUAUUUGCUUACGUCAGUGUAGUUUAUAUAGUCCUUGGUUAUUGAUGAAUUUGUGUUGUUACAGCACAGUGAUGUGGUAUAAAUAUAGGCCUAUGCACACAAGAUGCUCACGGAUUUGGUCCCUUGCAUAGUACUUUUAUAUCUGUACAGCGACGUCUUCAAGCAAUCCCAGAUUUUAGGGGAAGUAUUUUUGUAAAUGCAGUGGUUUGAACAAAAAUCCAAACAGUCCUUUUACUAAGUUUUAAAUGCGUUUGCGGUUCUAAAUGGUUUGGUUAAUGACUGAAAUCAAGACACUAAAUCAGUGAAAAGUGCACAUUAGUAAAGUGAAGCGUACCAUGGUUUUCUGUAGCAUGUGCUGUGAUGGAGCUGGGGGAGCGCUGGACGAAAGGCAGACUGCCUGUGUAAAUGUAGAACAAACGCCUGCAGGUUGCAGCUGGAUUACUUACUAUUGUUGCCUUUUCUUGUGUUGUAUCAGUGUAGAGCACUCUUAAAUACUCAAACUGCUUUGUCUUUGCUUUGUACUGUCGGUGCCUUCUUAGUCACGUACCCCACAUGUCCUGCAUAGCUAAUUUAGUUAAUGGUAAGUUUAAAAUAAAAUAAAGGAAGAUUUUAUAUUAAAAAAACCUUUAAAACUUCAUUUUCUGUAUGUUCUUAUUCAUUGUAACAAUUAAACAUUUAUAUUGUGGCAGAUUUGUGAUUUGGUUAAUCUGUAUAGAUCAGUUGUAAGUAGCAAAGGUUUAUAUUUGUCUUAUUCUUUUAAUGUUGUAAACGUAUGUGAUUUUCUUCUUUAAAUCAGGUAACUUAAUGUUCUGUUUCAUUUUUGGCAUCUGAAUCUUGUAUAAACAAAUGCAAAGAAAACCAUUAAAUUGUGUCCCUGUAUUACCAAAUCAGCAUAGUGCUGUGCGUGUGUAGAACGACUGAAAUUCUGCUUUGCAAUGACGUUAGCGCGUCUAACAGUGAGUCGCCCGAAUGGAGCAGCAGAGAGAGCCUGCCUCCGUGUUCCUGAGUGCACAGGUGUGUCUGUUUCAGAGUACGAGUGCACCAGUCUGAAAUUGGAGUCGUCCAAAACAUUGCAGGUAAAGUUUGUAGAGGGCAGAAGAGCUGUGUCGUUGUGGCAAGAAGGCUGUGAGAUGAGUGCUGUGAGCUGCUGGGUGCAGAGGUGGCCCGUGUUUGGCCCGUGGAUGUUAGCACAGCUGCUGCCCACUGCCCGGGAAGUUUUGCGAAGCGCUCAAGCAGCCCUCAGAGAGCAAAUGCUUUCAGUUCAAUAUGAAAACGUUGUUCUCAGGCCGAGGUUUGGAGCGUUCUGAGGAUUGUGGGAACAACGCGCUCGAACGUCCUGUAAUGGCAUUUUCACUAAUAUUUUUAGUCUGAAAUCCAGCUGUGCCAAAGAACUGAGAAAAGGUGUAACUGGAUCCUGGCAGCUAGAGACUGCAGUGUGUGUGACAACGUGCAAAGCCUGACCUGAAACUGAGGUGCUUGCCAGUACUGGACAGCUCUGUAACAGCUCUACGCCUGGCUCGUUAAGGUUCCUCUCUCCGUCCCCUCCCUGGUCUUCACAGCAGUAUGCACUUUUUUUCCAGAAUAUUAAGAGUUUGAUUUUGCCACACAUGCAGUUAUGCGCGUUGCUUUUUCAUUGACUGUGGCUGCUCUUGUCUGUCUCUGUUCCCUCUAGCAGUGUGCUGCAUUGCAGUGUGCGUUUCAGUGAGUUACUUCAAAGUUUGACUGAACUGCAUCGUCCCAGCAGAGGUUUAGACAAGCUGCUGCUGGACUCAGUGUUUUUGUCACACUUGUUUAAAUAGGAUUAGUUGGAAAACACUUUGCUUUUAUUUGCUUUGUUCACCAGAAUAGGACGCCGAUCCUUCCUGUCUGAGCUUUGAAGGGCAGUGGGUAGUGAGACCUCGGAGCCAAAGACUGCAUAGAUGAGCUGUGGGGUCUGUGUGCAGGUUCAGUGCUUGUGUGGUGUGCUCUGGUGGGCAGCGUGCCGUGGAGGCUGAAUAGCCAGUGCUGGAGGAGCUCCUGCGCUCACAAAGUCUUGAGGAACCACUUCUGAUUCUAACCAUGUUGGCUUGAGCAGUGUAGAUUUGAUGCUGUUGGGUGAUAAAAGGAGUCCUUAGGCAUUUUUCUGAUUCCCCACAAAAAAAGGAAGAAAUGUCUUGAGAAUGCUGGAGAGCCAGCAUGCUGCCUCACCUAAAAACACUGAGCUGAAUCCUUUUGUGUAUCUUGUGGGUCUUUCUGUGGGUUUGUGUGGCACUCCCAGUUGUGCCACUGGCCGAUUGAAACGCUUCUCUGUCUCCCGCCGUUGCUUCUUGCACAGAGCUGACCUUUGAUCCCGUUGAGUUUCUGUCUUCCAGUGAUGCUUUUCUUCCUCAGGGUUUAUACAUUCCUUGUUGGUAUUUUUCUCCCCAGUUCUUUGACUGCUGUGACUGACUGGGUGUCACUUUCUUAUUUUCUUCUCCUUAUUUUGUAUGGCUGUAGCUUCCCUGUGGUCUCACAACUCUCCCUUUGCUUUUCAGAAACGUCUGGGUUUUUCUAGUUAUUCUGUAAGGCUGUGCACGCAGCCAUACUUCACAGAGCCAGGCCCUGCUCACGGGCAGCUGACUCAAGGGCUGCUGGUUACGCUCCAGCCGCUGGCUUUGGGGAGCACACUUGCACAGGCAGAGCAGUUCCUGUACUGCAGCUCCAGCGCCUGGGCUUUGCACCAGCUGCGGUUUUGCGCAGCGCAGCAUCUGUUAAUUCCACCUUACUGUUUUAAUGCCUUGAAUACAAAAGCCAGAAAUAACAAUGGAAAUCUUCAUUCUCCCUGGCUAUGAUGCAUUCUUCUGCACUACUGAAACUAUAUCAAAAUUCAGGCUUUUCAAGCAAAAAAAAAAGCAUAACCCAAAGCUGCGAGUGUGCCGCGAGCUUAAAAAAUAACAGAAUGAUAACAAUCUGCUAUGAUCAGGAGACUUAUGAUGCACCUUCUACUUCGAUCAUAACGUCCAAGACGCGUAGCUUGUUCUGAAGAUGCUUUUCUGCCUUAAAUCUGCAAAUGCAAAAAUGCUGAAUAUUCAGAAUCUUGGCUUGAAACUCUGAACCGAUGAUAUCAGCAGUGAGCUGAAAACCCGGGGAAGGUUUGAAGUCAGGCCUUCUAGCUCAGCUUUAAUCUCAAUAGCAGGGGAGAAAACUUUAGCUAUCAAACCUUCCUGUUCCUAGAAAUGUUUAAAAUUUACAAAUAUUCUGUCUCGUAGUUGAGGCAUCUCAGAUGCAGGUUCAUAGACUAAAGAAUUUUUAAUGUUCUGUGCUUUUAAAAAGUUUUGUUAGUUUUGGUACAUGUUUACUUUUGCAGGCUCUUUGAGUAGGCAUGCACAAAUGUGCAGGGAACAAACUUCUGCAGGCCAGUUGACACAUCCAGAAAUGCUUAAAGGAAUGUUGUUGGUGCCACUGUAGCUACGUGUUCUGUCUGCUCUCGUGUGCAGCGUCCAUCAGCACUCCAGAAGAAGGUGGGGAUUAAAGAAAAAUAAAAUUGUGGUCAUUUCUUAAACAUUCUUUUAUAGCUCAACUUAAUUCACGGGCUUGUUUUUGAGGGUAGUUUGGUAUGUGGGGAGAACUGUGUUAAGUUGUUUUUACAGCUGACUUGACGUUUCUCUGAGUAUAAUUUGCUGUUAUUCCAGCAUGGCAAAGAUCUGCAUAAUUCAUGCGUGCUCAACGUAAUCACUGGUUUUCUUCUAACAAUAAGUGGCAUUGUACCAAAAGCAAUAUAUCCUGUGUGUAGUUAGUAGUGGAAGUAAUUAUUAGUGUGCAGCUUUUAUUUUCAUUGUCUUUCCAAUGGUUGCUGCUAGCAUGGAUUUGUGCAUUGACAGUUGUUCCAGGCUGUUAAAGAUGUAUUCUGGGGAAAAAGUCCUGCAUAACACUUGUUUGCUUUCUGGAAGCUGCUGCAGUACUUUGAAGCAGAAAAGAGUUGCAUCUGAUGCUGCAAUAAGCUUGUUUUCCUCUGAGUCUUAUCAGCAGAACACAUCCAGAUCCAGGGAGUUUCUCCGGAAUUGCUCCUCCACGUUUUUCCUCCUGAGAAAGGCCCGGGCUCAACACCAGCACCGUUAGAGCCAAGGAUUAUAAGAGAGCAGAAGGGCUUUUUUCUCUGCUUGAUUUUGGGAUUCUGCUAAGCUACACACAGCCUUAUAAGAUCACGGCGCUGUAAAAAGACUUGGGGAAUGCAACUGGUUUUGUUCGCCGACUACUAACUCAAGACCAGAUAAGAACGCACAGGCAAUAUGCAAUGCAUGGGAACUCUCUAGUCUUAAUUCUGUCCUUCCUGCCCCCUGAUAGCAUUUCUGCACUACUGGCUCUGCAAGUAAAUCUGCGCUGGAUAACUUUCCUUUAAAGAGGGAAGCUUUGUUUUUCCUCAGAAGGACAAGGUAUCAAUAUAGUUAUCUCCCCACCACCUGCAUUUGACUGCUAGUGUGUAGUGUUCAUCAUUACCACUGUUAGAAAAAAUUUAAUGCUGUAGAACUAACAGGGGUGAAGAACUCGCUCUUCUCAACUUGUACAUUUCUCCUUGCUUUUGAAGUGUGUAGAACGAUGCCUACUUUUAAUUAUAACUGAAUAGCUUUUCUGCAUUCUCUGUGCACAUUUUUCUCUGCUGCCUCCUAUUCUAGAUGUUACUUCUAAUGGUGUUAUAAAAAGUGUAGUACUACAGGUGUUGUAUGGUAACUUGUAAAUAAAUUACUAUAAACACAC